AAUGCGUAUGACCUCACUUUGGAAUCUAAUCAUAACCAUAACUACCUCCCUGCAGGUUUUUAGUUUUUCCUAGCAUGGGCCAAACUCUACAGACAGUCAUGGAUGAAGGGAACUGUACUCUGUCUGAGAAAGCAGUUCUCCAGCUUGCACUACGACUAUUGGAUGCACUUGAAUUCAUUCACGAGAAGGAAUAUGCCCAUGCAGACAUCCAUGCAGGAAAUAUUUACAUCAACACUAACAGUCACACAGAGGUUUUCUUGUCAGGGUUUGGUCAUGCAUUUAGGUUUUGCCCUAGUGGAAAGCAUGUGGAGUACAGACAGGGUAGCCGCACUGCACACCAGGGUAACAUCAACUUUAUCAGCAUGGAUUCUCACAAGGGGGCUGGUCCCUCUCGUCGUAGUGACCUGCAGUCUCUGGGUUACUGUAUGCUGUAUUGGAUGACAGGCUCACUGCCCUGGAGUCACCACUCUCAAACAAGCUCUGCUGUUGCUGCAGAGAAGGAGAGGUAUAUUUCUGAUAUCCGUGGACUUGUGAGUUGCUGUUACAAACAGACGAAAGCUUCAGGUGCAUUACAAGAUUAUCUGACUAAUGUGAUGAGCCUCCAGUAUACUGAGAAACCAGAUUAUACACUUCUGAAAGCUGGGCUUCAUGAGAGCUUACAGAAGAUGGGCGGGAGUCUGAAUGAAUCACUGGAUCUGCAGGUGAAUCCAUAAUGACGAAUUAGCAGGUGGAAUGUGGAUUUAAUUGUUUUAUGGAAUGUUUAAGAAAGCUUUUAUGUUUUUAAAAGCAACUUUUAUUGCUGUUUUUACAAUGAUAUUGCUUUGCAGACUUUGCAUGUUUUCUCUCAUAGGUUCAGUUUUAAUCACCGAUUUAUUAGAAUUUUUUUAAUACAAUGUUUAAAACAUUUAGCUGUAAGGGUGACUGUGUGUGUGUGUGUGUGUGUUUCCUGGUCUUGAUAAAGCCGUUACAUUUCAUGCCAUCGGUGGAAGUAAAGGUUUUGUUGUAGGUUUCCACUGUGGAAAAGGACAUGGUCGUGUUAUGUAGGUUUUUUUUUUUUUCGUAUUUAUCUUUUUCAUAAGUUGUAUUGUACCUUGCUGAAAAUAAACAACAGUAACCAAAAAAUGUA